CCGCUGUUCAGCCGCUUGCCAACCCGGAACUGACCGCGGCCCAGAAUGGCGGAUGUAGCCGCCGUCCGGAGCCAAGUGGUUCUGGUCGUGAACAGCCUGGGCCGAACCCUGCUGGCCCAGCUGAGGGAGGCGGAGCGUGGGAGCCGCGAGCGCCGCUCUCAGGAGGAACUGGGAGUGGCAGUGGACAGGCUGUGUCUGGAAGCUGCCGAUCAAAUCCUGAAGAUCCUGGAAACCAGCAUGACGAGGCAGGAAGAGGCUCCGCCCACACCGGCCGACACCCGUGGAGGCUUAAUGAAGACCCAGACAGGUGCAGGUGAGCAGGAGCCCGGCGCAGGCCACGCCUACUUCCUGUACGGAGUCAGUGACGGAGCGGCUGCAGAGCAAACGCUGACCAUGUUUCCUUUUCUGAGCGCUGCUGGUGACAGCAGGCGCCUGCUGGUGGCGCUGCAGAGCGCUGGGGGUGGCAGCAGAAGCAGCGCGUCUCAUCUCACAGGUGAGGAGUUGCAGGUGCGCCCCGCCUCUUCCCCUCCGACCGAUGACCAUGACUACGCCCGGCCCCCAGCGCCACCUGGCGGCGAGGCCAAACGCUGUGGGCGGAGGCCGGCUGCGACCACGGCGAGCGAGGAGCUUCACCUGCGGUGCUGGCGCUGCAGCAGGCUGUUCCCCAGCGCCGAGCGGCUGGCCGACCACCACAGGAAGUCCCACCCGCUGUGCUCGGUGUGCGGCGCGGCGUUCAGCGGCGUCCUGAAGCUCCGGGAACACCAGCUGAAGGAGCACGGCCUCCUGCCGUUCGCCUGCGGCUUCUGCCCCAAAAGCUUCAACCACAAGACGCACCGCGACCUGCACGUCAAGGCGCGACACACCGGCGACAAGAGCUGCCGCUGCGACAUCUGCGGGAAGGGCUACUCCUGCGUCGGCGCGCUAAAGACGCACCGGGUGACGCACUUCAGCAAGACCUUGAUGUGCGAAGUCUGCGGCAAGGCCUUCUACCACGCCUCCCACCUGACGCGACACACGCUGGUGCACCAGGAGCCGCGCCCAUUCAGCUGCUCCACCUGCGGGCGGCGCUUCACGCAGGCCGGCAACCUGCGCAGCCACCAGGCCACGCACGCCGGAGAGAAGCAGCUCUGCUCCGUCUGCGGCAAGAGCUUCCGCUGCCUGAGGAACCACAUGAUCAGCCGACACGCCCAGGAGGCGGCGGCGGCCGGCCUGCUGCCGCCGGCCGUCACCUGCCAGGUCUGCGGGAAGAAGUUCCCCAACCCGUCGCAGCACCGGGCGCACCAGCGCAGCCACACGGGGGACAAGCCGUUCCACUGCGAUGUGUGCGGGAGGAGCUACCGGCUGCAGCAGCUGCUGCAGGACCACCGCUACACCCACGGCGGGCAGAAGCCCUACAGCUGCUCCGCCUGCGCCCAGACCUUCAGCCGGGCCUCCAGCUUCCUGCGGCACCGCAGCAUCCACGGCGGCCAGGCGCCGCACAGCUGCCAGCGCUGCGGGAAGCACUUCCGGCUGCGCAGCUUCCUCCGGGCUCACCUGCAGACCCAAGCUCACCUGAGGCGGAUGCAGCAGAGCCUUUAAUCCCAGAUUAGCAGCUGGGAUGGACGAUCUGGACGGUUCGGUUCCUUCGUCUGCUUGACUGUAAUCUGUCACUACACAGAAACACGGCCCUGAGGGACACCAGCUGGACGAGUUUCUGACCCGGUCCAGAGCCUGUUAAUCCCAGCUGCCGGUUCUGGACCAGCUCUCUGCAGCAGAGCACUGGUUUGACUGGUUUCCAGUUGAGCAGCUUGAGGGAGUCCAGUAAAUCCAGAUGAUGAUGUGUAAUCCAGCAGACCUGCGCUCAGAUUAAGGAACGUGUCCAGGCGAUAAUCCCGCCUCGGUGUUUGAACCAUAAUCUGCGGUUUGUUUACGUUCCAGAUGCUAAUCAGAACCACAACAUGUUUGUUUCAUCGUUUGAUCAUCAGAUUAUCAGCUUCUGGGAUCCGUCAGACACACUAGAGGUCAGAGGUCACGGGCUGUUUCUGCCACCGUUUCAUUUAUUAAAGUCGGUUUCAAAAUAAAUGGAGAUUUUUCAGCAGCAACUUUACGUUAUGUUGUCAUAGCAACCUCAUAAAGAACCUGUUACUUUGACUAGGACCUUCAAUCCCAUAUUAAACAACCUUCUAAAGUUUC